AUGUCGAAACGCAGCUGGUCUGAUGCCAAUGAAGGCAUGGAGUUCAUGACGUUAUUGACUGCUGGUAAUGGGGAAGGAUCUUUUCCGCAAAUAUCCCGGAAAAUAAAGGCUUGUGCAGCAUGCCGCAAACACAAGAUCAAAUGCUUGAUGGAUGAUAGCGGUCCACCCUGUCGUCGGUGCUCCGAACGCAAUCUGGGUUGUGUUCUUGGCAAAAACUUACAGAGCAUCAUUGAUGAGAAGACACAAUACAACGAGGCUGUCCUGCAAGAUAUCGAAAGUCUCCACGCCACACUUAAGGAGAUCGCGAAGAAGGUUGGCGCAUCAGAACCUGCUGCGCUUCAGAGCACAACAUUACGAAACUCAACAGACUCUCCUUCACAAAAUGGGCGGCCAGCAUCAACCACAAAUGGCAAUGGCUACCGUCUUGGUGUAUCAGGGCAGGACAACCAUGGUCCCUCUUGCGACAAUUCCCCCAAGAUCUCUCCCGAAGACGAGAAUCUCCCUCACGUACCGAUCCACUCACUCUACGCCCUCACCAAACUACGAGCCCUAAGAUCUCCGGAUGCUCCUGAGGGACACUCAAGUCCUGCUCUUGAUGACUUCAUCGCCCGAGGUGCUAUUCGGCUCGACGAUGCCGAACGGCUUUUCCGUCUCUACCGCGAUCGGCUCGACCCUUUCAUGUACGGGGUUGGUUGCAAGUAUCAGCAGCUUGACGAACUGCGACGAAGGAGCUCGAUUCUCACCGCCGCAACUCUCACAGUUGCCGCUCUCCAUGACCCACAAGCAAACGGGAUAUAUGGUGUAUGCAGCUCAGAGUUCCGUCGCCUGACGGAAAGGUCAAUGUUUGACCGUCGUGUAGACCGAGACUAUCUUCGAGCCAUGUGUGUUGCGUCGUACUGGCUAAGCGAUGUGUCAUGGAUGUUGUCAGGCUACGCCAUCCGGCGAGCAGCCGAAUGCAACCUGCACAACAGCUAUACCCGCGCUAUCGAGGAGAAGAGUGAGGAAGCUGCUGAUGGAGCAAGAUUGUGGUAUAUCCUCAAUGUUUGCGACCAGCACCUGGCCACGCUGUACGGGAGGCCAGCAAUUGUCCAAGAAGACUCAUCGAUGCAACAGUGGGAGAGCUUCUUAGCGUCCCCAGUAUCGAACGAACAGGACAAACGUCUUGCAAGUCAAGUGGCACUCUUAGGCAUCAUAGGCAGCAUCCGAGAGUUGUUCGGUCCGGACAAGGGGCAACCGACACCGAGAUCAUAUGUCCAUCAGAUCACGCAGUUCAAUAAGGAACUUGACCAUUGGUUGAAGCAUUGGUCUGAGACGUUGCCAGAAGAGUCAGAAAACAUUGGCCGCUUUCCACGAAAAGGUGCCAAGUUGCAUUUCCACUUUGCAAAACUUCAUCUCUACUCGCACAUCUUUCGUGGGCUGUCCGGAGAUAACCCAAUUCCCUACCACUUCCUCGACUGCGCAGCAACAGCCAUCUCCGUCGCGACCUCAACCAUCAACUUCAUCUUGACUGACCCGGAUGUUGCUGCUGGCGUGAUAGGCAUGCCUUCGUAUCUUCACUGCAUGACUGCCUUCGCAUGCAUGUUUCUCAUCAAGGUGGCCGUCAAGUAUGGUGGGGAUCUGAUAGAGCCUGACCGCGUCUGGGACUUGACCACAAGUCUCGUGAGACAUUUCCGGUCUUUGCCAGCUGGUAAGUGGCACCUUGCAAAUCUCAUGGCGCCAGGUCUCGAGCGGAUGGCGGCAACGUUGAAGCGUAGCCAGAAUGGUUCCUUGGCUCACUUACACGACGCACUGACUGCAUCCAACGGCGUCAAUGGGACAAUCGAUCCACAGCUGAUGCCACCGAGCACUGAUGGGACAUUCAUCGGCUCUGAGGGGGAAUUCUUCUUUGACUAUGACAUGAGUUUUGGCUUAUCGCCAGUGUUCAACUUCGACUUGUCAUCGUUGAACCCCGAAAGUUCCACCUUGCAGGCUCAAGACUUCACCAAUGUCGAGUAUCAGAUGUCAAGACCCAACACAUGA